AUGUAUAAUAAGUAUUCUUCGUACGAUUCAAGACCAAGCCCGGGAGGGAAUAAGAGGAGAAGGGAUGAUGAUGAAAGUGAUUUCCAGAGAGGUCGACGGGCCCCUCCACACAUUCAGAAACUCAUUCAAUUGAGGAGAGCAAUUGUUGAAAUUGGAGAACCAUCCAAAUUUAAAAUCUCCGAGGAAAUUCAGAAAUUAGGAAAAGAUUUGGGUGCUUGCGAUACCGAUACGCGCAAUGGUGUGCUCAAUACAAUUCUGGCUGUCGUAAAUGAACAACCACAUAAGAUCCCACUAUUGUCUGGUGCAGUUCAAAUCGCGAACGCAGAAAGCGAGAUUCUCGGGCAAGUUGUGAUAGAAUUGGCUCAGAGUGAAAUCCAGAAAGCCCUCAAUGGAGGUGAACUCAAUAAAGUAAAACUCCUCAUUCGCUUUAUUGCUUCCCUUGCUCCUAUAAUUGAGGGUGAUGGGGUCACCGAGAUUCUGAGUGCCCUUCUUAGCAUAGCAUGCGACCUACAGAACGAGGCAAUUAAUUCGGACAAGGGAAGUAAAAAGUCCCUAGUUGCCGAGGAAUUGUAUGUGGCUGUAUUACUUGCACUUCCAUUUUACGUUGCUGCUGACCCAUUGAAUAUCCCCUACGCUAAUGAGAUCUUAAAGACCUCAACGGAGCGAUUUCAGAUAGGAUCUUUCCAGGCAAUGAACCUGAUAGUACCUUUUUCAAACGGAACAUCCACUAUUGAUGCACCUUAUGUAGCCCAAGAGUUUGUGCGUUUAGUCAAGCAUGCGCUGGAGAACAUACAUAGUGAAUAUUCUGAUCAAUGGAAAACAUCCAAUUUACUUGAUAUUGGGUCAAUUGUUAAAGAAUCUCUCAAUCAGCCUACUGAGAGUGAAGACGACCAGCAGGCUAAAUCUGUAAAGAAACAUCUUUUUGCGGCGGUUCACCUGCCAACACUAGACACAUUCAAGUCCUUCCAACCACGAUUCCCAUACCCCAGAAUCUAUUUUCAAGCUUACUUGCCGUCAGUCUUCGAAACAGUACCGCCCCCCAAUAGUUUAGAGGGUGUCAUUCUUAGAGACAUUGCCACCGAUAUUAUUACAGCUAUGGAUUUUAACAGAAAGGAAGUCACUCGACAGUUGAUUACUCUUGAUCUAUUUUUUGCUGACGGGUGUUUCACAGAACCGGGUAUAUCUUUCGACCGCCUUGAAAAGGUUCGGGAGAGUGGUGAAGAGAAAUCAACCUGGAAAGUCGAAGACGUGGCCCUGGAAGCCGUUUUACAGCACAUUUUUAAUUUACCUUACCAAAGCCACGCACCUGCUUAUUAUUAUACUAUUCUUAUCGAGGCAUGUGUAAUGGCCCCUCAAGCAAUUGCCCCUGUGUUUGGAAGGGCAAUUCGGUUUAUAUAUAAAAAUUUGGAAUCACUAGAUGUUGAGCUAGUAUUUAGAUUCCUUGAUUGGUUUGGCGUACAUUUGAGUAAUUUUAGUUUUACUUGGAAAUGGAAAGAGUGGGAGGCUGAUCUCAAACUGACAGAGAACCAUCCCAAGCAAGUAUUUAUUCGGCAGCUCAUUGAAAAGGAGCUACGACUAAGCUAUCCGGAAAGACUUCGAGAUACACUACCAGAGGAAUUCAAGCCAUUAUUAAGACUAAUUCCUAGUGAACCUAUUUUCAAAUAUUAUGAAGCCGACAGCAAGUACGAGACUGAGGUUCGUCAAUUAGUUGCUGCAUUACGAUCAAAAAAAUCCGACGAAAUCCAAAAUGCGAUUAACGUGUUGCGGGAAAAGGCUCUCGGUGAGAGUGUCGGGGAACAUGCAACAGAGCUUGAUCGCACUUUAAUCGAUAUCUUAGUUACAACUAUAUGCUACCUUGGAAAUCGAUCUCUAAGCCAUUCCAAAAACUGGGUUUCUCAGACUGCUGAGGUUUUGAAGGGCUUUAUCACAUCUUCUGAAGACGAGCUUACUGCUAUUAAAAGCAUUGUUUCAUAUUGGACGGAUCUUCCUCAUGUUGGCAAGUGGGUUAUGAGACAUUUUGUCGAGGCAAAUGUAUUAACUGAUUCGUCAGUUACUGACUAUUUAUUGCAAGGUAACGAGGGCCUGGCUCCCAUAGUAAGCUGUGAUGGAUGGGAGCAAUUUUCCUGGGUUAUGGACAAGUACGAUUCUUCGGAUGAUGUUGCUAUUCAAAAGACCUCGAGGAUUAUAAGUAAGCUAGGGUUACUAUUAGAUCAAAAUAGUGAUGAUAGUGAUGAAUCAUCACAAUGGGCAACCUGGUGGUAUAGAGGUGUUGCAAAAUCCUUAUUUAGAAAGUAUCCCAAACUGUUUACUAAAGCUAGAACUCAAACGGGCACGGUUGAUAAAUUUUUGGAAGAUCUCUUCCCUGCUUUGGACGAGCUAGCGGAGUUGAGCAGCAAAAGUGAUUUGGCUUCCACGUCUUCCGUCGUAGAAAUUAAUGGCGAAGAUCAAACAUUAGCUGACGGGAAGGAACUCGAACCUGAUAUGGCUAAGUCUAACGACAAUAGGCCGCCAGAAGAGCCGGAGCCGAUGGAUAAAGACUAA